ACCCUUUUUGCUUUUUCUCUACAAUGGCCAAGACCAUCCAAAACCUCAAUUCCAUCUACACCAUUUUCAUAACCAUUUUCCUCUUCUUCUUCUUCUUCUUCUUAACCCUUGCCAAUGCAGAGGCUCACCGUUUCUCAAAACCCUUAUCUCCGUCAAAACAUGGUCUAAAGAGAGAGAAACUGAGCCAUCUCCACUUCUACUUCCAUGACAUAUUGAGUGGCAGAAACCCUACGGCUGUUAGAGUUGCUGAGGCACCCACAACAAACACUUCCUUGACUGCGUUUGGUGCUGUGGUCGUGAUGGACGACCCAUUGACUGUUGGGCCUGAACUGGGCUCCAAGCUUGUUGGAAAAGCCCAAGGGAUUUAUGCUUCAGCUUCACAGAGUGAGUUGGGGCUCUUGAUGGCCUUCAACUUUGUUUUUGUGGAAGGGAAGUAUAAUGGUAGCACCCUGAGUGUGCUGGGGCGCAACUCCGUGUUAUCCGAAGUGAGGGAGAUGCCGAUAGUAGGCGGAAGCGGGCUUUUCCGGUUCGCCCGAGGCUAUGCUCAUGCUAGCACUCACCAGGUUGACUUCAAAACUGGAGAUGCUAUUGUAGAGUAUAAUGUUUAUGUCUUCCAUUAUUAACUGAAGUGAGGGAGAUGUAUAGAUAGUAGGCGGAAGCGGGCUUUUCCGGUUCUCCCGAGGCUAUGCUCAUGCUAGCACUCACCAGGUUGACUUCAAAACUGGAGAUGCUGUUGUGGAGUAUAAUGUUUAUGUAUUCCAUUAUUAACUUAACUGAUGUAUUUGCUAGCUUUUUUUUCUUUCUUUUUUCUGGGUUGUAACAUUACAUGAAAUCCACCGUUUGUGUUGAUUUUCGGUGUGAGGUUAAUAGAAGAGAGGUAGAGGAUUUGAGAGAAAUGAUUGAAAAUGGGCUUGGAUUGGAAGUAGCAAUAGAAAGGAAAGAGUCUAGAUUGGUUUU